AUGGUUGAUAAGGAGAAGGAAUUGAGUGGGUCAAAUGUUAUUGAGAACCUAGAGAAGCAGCCAAAAAUAAGCAUAGAUGACCAUAUCAAGAUCCCAUAUCGUCAAAGGAUUCACAAGAAUAAGCUUGACAAGCAGAUUUCUAAAUUUUUGGAUAUCUUUCGAAAGCUUCACAUCAACAUUCCUUUUGUCGAAGCACUUGAACAGAUGUCGAGUUAUGUGAAGUUUAUGAAAGAAAUUUUGACGAAGAAAAGGAAACUAGAGGAUUAUGAGAUAGUGGCACUUUCUGAGGAGUGCAGUGCGAUACUUCAAAAGAAGCUACCUCCCAAGCUUAAAGAUCCUAGUAGUUUCAAUAUUCCAUGCUCUAUAAGGGGUUCAAUAGAUACCAAGGCUUUAUGUGAUUUGGGGGCUAAUCACUUUGUAAAGCAUCCUAGGGGUAUUAUCGAGGAUGUUCUAGUAAAGGUGGACAAAUUCAUUUUCCCUGGAGAUUUUAUUAUUCUUAAUAUGGAGGAAGAUGAAAAUAUUUCAAUUAUUCUUGCAAGGCCAUUUUUAGCAAUUGGUAGGGCCUUAAUAGAUGUGCAAAAAGAAGAGUUGAAGUUGCGAGUGCACAAAGAAGAGGUAACAUUUAAUGUUUUUUGCAGCAACGGAGGUUCUGAGUUUUGUCAUGUGAGUUUGUGUCUUUUGCUCGAGGACAAGCAAAGAGUCGAUGAUAUGAAUCCUGAGCAAAAUGUGAAAAGAAGAAGAAAUGGUGGGAAAUGGAGCCUUUGGUGGUUGUUCGAGUCAAAUUAG